AUGUGGGCGGGAUGGGGAUGGGGGGAGGAGAGGGAGGAGGGUGUGCGGACAGAUGGGCGAGGGGGAAUGGGGGGUGUGUGGGCGAACUGGCGGGCAAGCGAGUCUGCGUGCGCGCCCCGGCUCGACGACCGACUCAGGGUAGGCCGCCUGUGGGCAGUCGACAGGCGCGGUCCCUCGUGCUUGACAGGCCAGCUUGACCCCGGAGCCAGUGCCCAUCACCCCGGGAGAAGGCCCUUGAGCUCUGGAGGCACGGCUGGGGGGGGGGGGUGGGCGUGGAAGGCUGCUGCACGGGCCGUGGUGUGCGUAGGGGAUCCCUGGCGGGCAGGCCCCAUGGCCCUUGCGAGCGCUGGCCUGCUGGCUGGGGCAAGAAGGUUUCUGGGAGGUGGUGUGGGCUCUCUCCCACUGGCACGCCGGUCGGGAGAGCGGGAGAGAUCGAGGGGUGUUCAGGUGCCAGGAUUCUCAGGAUCGGCGGAGGCCAAACGUUGA